UCGCGUACGUGACCGGGCUAAGCAAGUUAGCGUUAGCUUCCUCCUUCACAGUCUUACCGGUUUGGGUAGCUGGCUGUCCCGCAUCAUGUUCCGAGCCGCUCUCCGACUCUCGGUCUCCGGUGUCCGGAGUUUAACAAAAACACAACCACGGUGCCAAGCUGUUUUGGCCACAAGGUGUUAUUCACAUGGGAAGGAAGAGACAGAUGAGGAAUUUGACGCCCGUUGGGUCACCUACUUUAACAAGCCAGACAUUGAUGCGUGGGAGCUGAGAAAAGGGAUGAACACACUGAUUGGUUAUGAUCUGGUACCCGAGCCAAAGAUUCUUGAUGCAGCACUGAGAGCCUGUCGGAGGUUAAACGACUUGGCCAGUGCUAUCCGGAUUUUGGAAGCUGUUAAGGACAAAGCCGGCCCUCAUAAAGAAAUCUACCCGUACCUGCUCCAGGAGCUGAAGCCAACAUUAGAAGAACUCGGUAUCUCUACACCUGAAGAGCUUGGCAUCGACAAAGCGUAGAGAAAUCUACCGAUGGUUGGCAUCCCCAGGACUCAGAACCCUUGUACUUUAAUGUUUGCCUCAUCUAAUACAUGUGAUAUUUAAUUUUGCCUUUAUUAAGUUCUUUUGCUUGUAAAAUAUUGAUGAACCUAAUAAAGGAAAGUGUAUGGUUA